AUGCGCACCUACAAAAUCCAAGACUACCUCCUCAUCACCCAACACAAACCCACAGAAACAAAAACCACCAUCCGCAAAAACACUCACUUCACCGUCAUGUCUUCAGCCCCUCGCAACCACACCUCUCCACGCUGGGAGAAUCAGCAAACAUUCCGCAACAUCGUCACCCACGAGGAGCAAGAACGUGCCCGCAGACAAGGCCGCGAAGUCCCAUUUCUGGAGAGCAGGCUUGAGAUGCUGAACAGGCAUCUGUUGGACACGAAUCAUCAGUUGAGGGCGAAGCUUGAUGAGUUGCAUGUGUUGCAGAGAAGGUAUGAGGAGUUAAGGAGGGUGAACGGGGAGUUGAUGACCACGCGUAGGAGGUUGGAGAGGAGGAAUGGGGAGUUGAGUUUGGAGAAUGACAUGUUGAGGGGGCUAAGUAGGGGGGGAAGGCGUUGA